AUGAGGAUUGUGAGGCUGCAAGCCAGGGAGAGCCUAGGCCUGGAUAACGACGGAGACACCAUGCCUAAAGUAGGGCAGGAGAAAGACGAAUUUCCUAGACAAGCAAGCAAGCAGUGUGAAAUGGCCGAGGUGCAGAGAUGGCAAAUGAUGAUGCUGGAGAGAGGAACGGGGCUACCCCUUCCAGCUCUCACCGAACCAGGAAGAAUCCCGUCGAUAGGAGGACGACACCUGCUGCAGCAGAUGAGACAGCACACCACCGUCAUUGAUCAUCCAAGCAGCGCGCACAUUCCUCCGCCAUAG